AUGAUUGCUGAUCUUUUAAUACUAAUAUUAUCAUUGUUACUGAUAAAUAAUUAUCCACAGUAUGUUUCACUUUAUCCCCUCCAAGAUGAUAAUCGAACCAACAUAGAACAAAAUCAUAAACUUCUUUCUUCAGCAUCUAUCAAUACUAGUAUUUGGAUGGAAGAACUUCUUCCUUAUAUUUCUCAUCUUCAUUUAUUCAAUUUAACUUUGCCAGGUACACAUGAUUCAGCAACUUUUAUUCUUACUUCCGCUCUGUCACCUGAUCCGACUGGAAAUCCAGUAUUUAAUGCUUUUAUAGAAGUGGCAGAAAAAUUAGGAAUACCACUACAGGAUGUGAUUACACCAUGGGCAAUGGCACAAAAUAGAAGUUUAUACGAACAAGCACAAGAUGGUAUGCGCUAUUUUGAUAUUCGUGCUGCCUAUAAUGGUACAGAUUGGUGUUCGUAUCAUUUUGAACUUGGUCUACCUAUUUAUACUCAUCUCACUGCAUUGAAUUCAUUCUUAUUGUUACAUCCAAAUGAAAUUAUGGUAAUUGAAAUAUCACAUCUUGCUAGUAAAAAUCUAACUCAAACAAAUUUGAAUUUAUUAAGAGAUAUGGUCAUUAACAUAUUCAAUCCAGUAUUAUAUCCACGUAUUCAUGAUUUCAAUGCUACUACCAUUGGUGAUAUGAUUACAACAAAUCAACGAGUGAUAGUUACGUUAAGUGAUGAUACUACUAUAAUGAACUAUACUCAACUCUGGUAUGGUUCCAGUAUGAUCAAUUCAUAUGCUAACUCAGAUUCACUUCCUCAAAUGACUUUAUAUAAUUGGCAGCAAGUUCUUCAGUUUAAUUCUCUUCCUUCAUUACCUACCUCUGCUCUAUACAAGUUAAGUUGGACAUUGACACCACAAGUAUCCACUAUCUUUGAUUCAUUACUACCUCAUAAACCAAAAUCAUUGAAAAGUUUGGCUGAUAUUGGCAAUAGUGGAUUGACUGGAUUUGCAAGUGCCGUAUUAAAUAAAAAAUGGAAAUUAUGUCAGUUAUUAUUGAUCGAUUUUCAAGAGAGAAGUCAAAUCAUGCAAGUCAUAUUUGAUUCUUUAUUACCAACAAUACUUUAA